UAGUGUGCACUCUAGUCUGGCAGUGUUUGUCAGGAAAUGAGUGCACAUGCACGCGCGUACACUCACAUAGAUACUUGCGCUGCUACCGUCCCAGAAAAAGGUGUCGCUCUUAUAACACUACGGAUUACAUAAUUAGCACGUUUUAAACCCUGCACAUUCCAUAGUGUAGUGAUACAGGACUUCGUCUGUGGUGUAUCACACACCAUGACGUUGCGGCGUUGCCAGCCAUCCUCCCCUUAACGGGCCCUUGGAAACAACACCACGGUGACGUCACAGAGACCGGCGCCCGCACCCCGCCAUGGCGUCCAGCCUACCUGAUGACAUGGAGGCAUUGUUGCAGGCAAUGAUGACAGAACCAGCUACACUGGAGCUGGUCAAGGGUGUGGAAGAAGGCGAUGAUGCACUGGUGAAGUCCGCUCUUGCUGGGGGUGCCCGUCCUGAUGUCACCCUCCCCACUAAAGCUGGGUCGUCAGGGUGUCUGGUGGGUUCGGCUGCCAGCGAGGGCCACCACCACCUGCUGCCUCACCUACUUCAGGCAGGGCUGAACAUAGAGGGUGGAGGCACCACUGAUAAGACACCGCUGAUAAUGGCUGCCACGUGGGGCCACACCCAGACAGUGAAGGAACUGCUAAGUCUCGGCGCUAACCCUUUGGCGACUGAUAGUAACGGAUGGACAGCCCUUCACUAUGCUGCAUGGCAGGGCUGGCAGGAGUGUGUGACUGCCCUCCUGCCGGUCAUCCCCCCCACUGCCGUACACCUGGAGGGACGCACACCGGUGCACCUUGCCAGUUACUUUGGCCAGGUGCAGGUACUGGAGCAGCUGGCGGGGGCUGGCUGGCCUCUCACCGCCAGGGAUAUUGGUGGCCUCACACCCCUGCACUGGGCUGCCGCGGGGGGACAUGUAUCAGCUGUGUGGUGGCUUGUGCGGCGAGGUGUUGACCCGGGAGUGCAGGACAAGUAUGGUGCCACCCCGCUGGCCGUGGCCGUGUAUUGGGGCCGCCACGAGGUGGAGACCUGGCUGAUCAAGAAUGGCGGCUGUGGCGUAACUGUGGGCAGCGAGGCUCAGCGUGUGUCUGUGGAGGCUGUGAGGGAGUACCGGCGCCAGUAUCAAGACCACCAUAACAGAGUGUUGUCCUGGUUGUUGGAUGGUAACGAGGCAUCCAUGAACAUUAUCCCUGAGAUCUGUGAUGGUCACGCGGUGAACCUGGAUGGUAUGACGCCCCUGCAUGCCGCGGCGCUGCGCGGGGCUCCGAGUGGUA